CUCCCCACACAGAGCCCCUCCCUUUCUCACCCCCUCCUCCUCUCCGCUCUCUGCGUUCCUCCUCUGCUUCACUAUAACGGGAAUCUCUGUGAGCGAAGCUGCACGAGACUGUGGAGCUCCUCCACCGCGCGCAGGUUCCUUCUCAUACCAUUCAAGAUCUAAACGUUCUAAGGACAGUCUCUCCUGCCGUGGACUGCUGGGAAUUGUCUGUGGUGGAAACCGUAGUUUUUGUUCUCACUUCAGGGGUCACCUCCCUGCUGGCUCCAGGACAGCUACAACUGACCAUUGGGUCUUUAAACAAAGACGAAGAGAACGUUAUGGAGUAGGACUGAGGGUGGACAGAGAAGGUCCAGAGCAGUUGGCCUGGCUCACAAUGUCCUAGUGGAGAUCAAACCGAAGGUUUCCUUUGAUGCCCAGCCCUGGGAUUUACACUCUGCUGAGGGAGCCUGAGGGAAGGUGCUGUGGUUGACUUCGUUGACUGAUUGAACAGGACCUGCACGCCAUUUGCCGGCCACUUUCCAAGAAGAGUGAGGUCAGAAGGUCAGAGGCCAUGAGCCACAGCAGUGGAGAGCGAUGCUGUAACCCUAUAAUACGGAACACUUAAAAUGGGGACUAUGUUCGGAGCUCUGUGUCUGGUACAGCUGUGAUUGCCCUCGGGACACCCAUUUCCUGAAACUGUGUCUUAGUAAUCCUUUUCGCUCUCUGGCCAUUUUUUCUCAUUUUGGGUUCUAAUCUCUUUCCCUCCCCUCUCAAUCGAAGCAAAUCCAACCCUCACGCCUCUCAAAAAAUGGCCAGCAGCAGGUUCAGCCUUCCUAAAUCCUCUCCCUCUGCCCUCUCACUCCUUUUCCUUCCCCUGCUUUUUCUCCCUCUACCCUCAUUAGUGAGAGGUGACUGUUGGCUUAUUGAAGGGGAUAAAGGCUAUGUAUGGCUGGCUAUCUGCAGCCAGAACCAGCCACCAUAUGAGACCAUCCCUCAGCACAUCAACAACACGGUGCACGACCUGCGCCUGAAUGAGAACAAGCUCAAGGCUAUCUUCUUCAGCUCCAUGAGCCGCUUCACCAACCUCACUGACCUCAACCUCACCAAGAAUGAAAUAUCUUACAUAGAGGACGGGGCCUUUGCUGCACAGGCCAACUUGCAGGUGCUUCAGCUGGGAUACAAUAAGCUGACAAACCUCACGGAAGGGAUGCUGAGAGGCCUGGGCAGAAUGCAAUGCCUGUUUCUGCAGCAUAACCUCAUCGAGGUCAUUUCCACCAAUGCCUUCUGGGAGUGUCCCAGUCUAAGCAGUCUUGAUUUGUCCUCCAACAAGCUGGCCAAACUAGACCCGUCAACUUUCACGGUUCUUGGACGUUUGAUGGUGUGUGAGCUUGCUGGGAAUCCUUUCCACUGUGGCUGUGAGCUCUACAGCUUCCUAACCUGGCUGGAAGCCUUCAACAAUGUCACCCACACCUAUGAUAGGCUGCAGUGUGAAACCCCAAGAGAACUUUUUGGCUACCCUCUGCUAAGUCCCGUCUCCAGUCAUGGGCGCAAUGCUCGCUCCAUCUUGUCAUCCAUGUGCAAGGAUGGGGUGAUUAUUCCAGGUAUAACGUCUUUGCCCCCUGAAGUUGAUUUCUCUGGGAUAGGGCCAGAUAAUUCAGACCAGAUGGGGCCGUUUCAUCCACCCACGGCGUCAUCAACGGCAGGUCCAUCAUACAGCCCUACCAUUAAGCUGCAGUCAGUUUCCCUCACCUCAGCCUCACUGCUGGUGCAGAUCCCUCGACCUUACAGCAAGAUGUACAUCCUGGUGCAGUACAACCACACUUACGUGUCUGAUGUUAUGAACCUAAAGAACAAGAAAGAGCUUGUCACGCUCAAAACUCUAAAACCCCACACAGAUUACACCUUCUGUGUAGCCUCCAUUCGUAACUCACAGCGUUACAACCACACUUGCCUGCAAUUUGCUACACGAUCUCCAGGCCCCGAUGACCUGCGUGCUGGCCCCUCUACCACCACCCACUACAUAAUGACCAUCCUGGGCUGUUUGUUCGGCAUGCUCAUCGUGUUGGGCUUGGUGUACUACUGCCUACGUAGGCGUCGAAUUCAGGAGGAGAAAGAGAAGUCCAUCAGCGUAAAGAAAACCAUCUUGGAAAUGCGUUAUGGGCCUGAGGCGGCAGCUGCAGCUGCCAACGACCCUUCAGCCUUGCAAAAACUCCAUGAACAGGUUCACCACCAGCACCACCACAGCAAGAUGCCACAGUCCACUUCUUCAAGCCUGGGAAUGCUCCACAGCUCUGCCAACACCAGCUCCUCUCGGCUGUCCUCACUUCCCCAGGUCGAGAAGAUGGCCACAGCUUUUUCAGAAGCCUUGGCCACCAGCAAGGGCAACUACAUGGAUGUGCGGACAUCAGCAGGUGGAGAAGAACGGGCCAGAGAUGGAGCUGUACCAGGAGCAGGGGAGAACAUUGUGAUGGAAGAAAAUGGAAUUGAUGCAGGAGAGGAUUCUGAGGAUGAUGGCCGAGGCUCAACCUCAGAGAUCUCUACCAUUGCAAAGGAGGUGGACAAAGUCAACCAGAUCAUUAAUAACUGCAUCGAUGCCCUAAAGUUCGAUUCUGUAGCAGUUGCAGCAGCAGCAGCAGCUGCCACCACAACUGAAAACCCAUCUUCUCCGCCCCCACAGUGCAUAACCUCCUCAGCCCGAGGACUCAUCCCUCUGUCCCCAACAAUAACAGAGACAUGCCAGCUAAUGUCAUCUCCCAAAAUGCCCCCUCUACCCCCUGUUCCUCUCGUCCUGCCCCUGUCUGAAAGACCAGGCAUCAGCGGAGGUGGUUUCCUUUCACCUCCCUACAGGGACCCACCCCCUGCCACGGCCGCAAGGCCAUUGCAGCGCCAGCUGAGUGCUGAUGCUGCUGUUGUUGUCCUCAGUAACAUAAAGAAUCGCUGUGGUGCCUCUUCUGGAGGAUCCAUAAAAAGUGCUCGAGUCUUCAGCCUGGAUGUUCCUGAGCCUCUUAGUCCAGAUUCCUCAAAGUUCCCAGAGAAAGGCAGCCCUGUUGGGUGCGGGGAGCCCCUCGAGAGGCUCCCUCUAGUGGUUGUACAAGGGGGUAGCAAUGGCAGGGGAGAAGGUGGCAACGGGGGAGGAGGGGGAGGCGGCGGUGGCAGUGGUGGUUCGGGUGGAUGCGGUGUUGUGGGUCCAGGUGGAGGUGGAAUGGCACAACAGCACCUCCUGGAGGUGCACCCAGACUACCACUGCUCAGAGCACCGACACUCCUUCCCCGCUCUCUACUAUGAGGGUGCCAUCGACUCCCCUGCCCAGAAAGCCUCCUUCCUAAAGCCCCUCUCUCGCACCAAGAGGGACGCUGCCUAUUCCCAGCUAUCGCCUCGCCACCACAACUACUCGGGAUAUUCAUCCAGCCCAGAAUAUUCUUCUGAGACCACCUUGAAAAUAUGGGAGCGCUUUCGACCCUACAAGAAAAGUCCCCGUGAAGAGGCCUACAUAGCAGCUGGCCACGCCCUUCGGAAGAAGGUGCAGUUUGCCAAGGACGAGGAUUUGCAUGACAUUCUAGACUACUGGAAGGGGGUGUCUGCACAGCAGAAACUGUGAGUUGAUUCAGAGGCACAAUGACAAAAGGCUGCAGAGAAGAGAGAGCAUGUAAGUGGCUCUUGAGACUAAACUUCGAUUCCCACAGAGACAUGUGUUUGGAAAAAAAAAGCCUGAAUUAGGCAGGAUAUUCAAGACUCAUUAAGGAAUUGGUCAGCAGUCAAUCAAAAUUGCACAGGAAAAUGUGGUACUUCAGAAUGACCAAAUCUCAAAGCAUUUUUACUUGUGUUGUGUGCACUAAUUGCACUAUUUUAAACUAUCAUUUGAGAGGGAAAUAGACUCAAAUAACCAGUUAGUGGUAUUUAUAUAGAAUUGAUGCCUGAUGAUGUUAGGUGAUGCUUAUCAAGUUAAUUGUUUUCAGCUUUAAUUGAUGAGGAAAGCUGCUGGUUAGGGUUCAGAAUAGCUGAGGACUCAGGCCGAAAUCGGGGUACCCUGCUCCUUGGUGUCUAUUCAAGCUAAGCAUGCUUGUUGAGUCGAGACAACUACACAUGUUGCUCGGUGUGUUGGGCAUACUUUGCAUAGCAGAGGGAGGGGGCUGGAUAUACUUUACAUUCAGGAAGUGUAGCAAUUCAUAUUGAGGCAGUUAUUUAUUUAUAUUAUUUUCCUGUUGUAGCUCAGCCAGUUCUAAUUUAUUGCACUUUCGGAGUUUUACCUGAGAAAUGUUACCAGAAGAAAGAGGUCUCUGCAGGGGAUUUGGGAUGGUGAAUAUUGAAUUAAAAAGGAUUCUGGUAUGCGGAGGCGAUCUGCCAGACAAGUUCAGGCCUUUACAAUCGGCAGCUAGAUGUAGCAUCAGAUAUAGGUCUAGCCAGAGUGCCGCUAGGCUUGCUGAUCAUAUACCGCUUCAUUUGUGCAUCCUAACACAGAUACUAUGUUCCAGUCAUUGCUCUGAUAUGUGUAAUUUCCAGAUGAAUGCGCUCUGAGAGCUGAAUUCAAGGAUAUUGAUUAAGACACGUCAAAGCCAAAUUACAAUGUCAAUGGGGGAAAGUCUUUUUUUUUACUGUUUACUUUGUCUGCCACUAGGUUUAAUGUGUUUGUAACACUAGCCCUGAAUGUGAUUGGGUAAAAAUGUCUAUCCUUCCCUCCUUUUAAAUCCCAAAUACGUUUGAGCCGAUUGAUUACAUUAUCUCUUCUGCCUGUAACUCAAUGUCUGCUUUACUUUUGGUUUGUUUUUUAUUUUUGGGGGGUUUUUAAGCCUUUUUUUGUUGACUAAGGCUUAACACAGGGAAAACGAGUAAGUAUAGGGGAUCGGGAAAAUGUAAUUAAUCCUCAUGUCUCCCUUUUUUAAGCCACCAUAUCCUUGUCCGGCUUAAAUGGGUAAAUUAAUUAGCCAUUUUGUAGGGUAGGUGUCAUGGGGUCAUGAAAGUGCUGAUAUUAUUAACACUGCCUGCACUGAAAAUGUGAUUAUACUUAAGCGUGCAUUCUCCAGUCAGGUCAUUACUCUCCGGAGUCACCGUAAGAUAUCCGGAUGGCAUAAAGGCCGUAGAGGCAGGAAACAAUGGACUUUAUGCUAAUUGAUUGGCUAAACUAAUAUGCCAGAGUUGAUGUAACGGGACCGGCUAUAGUGACCCAAUCACUCUUUAAAUCAAUAGGGUUUAAUAGGCUUCACAAACCGGACUCUCGCUUUGCCAGUUUUGGAGCAGAAUUAGGACAGUUAGAAUAGUUGCUGGCAGCUCUGUUGACUCGUUGGAGCUGCUGUAAACCUCCUGCAUGUGGCCAACAUUUGACAGUGAAGUCACUGCCCUAGUUCGGAAAACACCAAGUGCCAUCAGGUUCCAGCCUGUUUAAUGAUAUUGAUCCUCACAUGACAAGCGUAUUUGAAGCUUUCAGCAUUUAAAAAUCCCAAGCCCACUGUGAUACCCCCACCGCAGGCGUCCAUGUAGUAAAAGUCUACAUCACGGAAGCGGCAGGAUCAAUACGCUGUAAUUGAGAAUUGACGCGGCCAAAAUCAAAACAGCCAAGGUUCCCUUGCGAUCCAUUUCGGAGGGAACUCUGCUUGUAAGAUCCAUGCGAGAGAGUCUGGAGGGUUCGUUUUUCAGCCCAGGAGCCAUGAACACAACUUAAUCAGCUAAACAGUGAUUAUUACCUGGAGCUAGUUUCACAGAAAAGAGAGUAAUCAGUUGAGAGCUGAGAGUUGAAGUUAGAGCGCCCUGAGGAGAUCUGGUCACACAUUAGCCUUAAUAACAUUAACUUAGGUAUUCAUACAGGUUGGGUUCUGGUGUGUGCUCGCUUAUUGUUGGAGGAUAAUUAAAGCUGCUUGAGACGGAGAGAACAUGGUAAUUUUCCUGUUAAUGGCCAAGGUUAUUGGUUUUUAACCCAAUUCAGCCUGUUUAUCAUCCCAUGAAUGCCCUAGGAAGAGCCCGAGACAUCUAAUGAACAUCCGAGCUUGCUGGAAAUCUCUGGGAUUGCCUGGGGUGCUUAUUGGAAUCCAACUGUGUUGAAAACCAAUGAUCUUGAAGACUGAGCAUUAAGAGGAACCUUACUUUUAUGGGUUGAGCUUGACCAUUUGAUCCAAGUUGAUCCAGAAUGCAGAGCGCAGCUGGACAUGCUUUAAUUGAUGUACGUUAAGUAUGGGAUGGUUCCUCUUGCCGAUAUGAAUGAUGCCAGUCUGGUGUGCUAGAUCUUGUACUUGGUUGGAGUUCUACUGCAGAAGGAAGGCAAGUUAGCUCUUCCUCUUUUUACCUCACAUGAUGGAGGCAAAUUUGGGAAGUGGUUGUGAUUGAAAUCCGAAGACAAAAAGAAUUACUCGUUUAAAAACCUUUAAUCAAAACUUUAUUUUUAUGGUCCCUUACCAAAUGUUCACAUUAGGAGGAGACAAGUCACAAAUGUCAUCACAAAAGUUUGUCUCUGGUGGGCGUGUCCGACGUCAUCUUCAUCGCCAAAUGUAGGUGAGUACACGGUCCAGAUUCUGAUUAAUCCCACAGGGCCAGAGGGGACAAUUGCUUCUCUAAAGCCCGCCCCCAAAUUCCUCUAGUCCAUGCAUUGCAAGGACUGGUAUCUUGGCAAGUGAAAUAAUCUUAAAUCUAUUUGAAACAUCUGACAUUAUUUAUUUUGACAGAUCAGCAGGUAAGUUGGCUUGUUUCAAGUUUUUGCCAAUAUAGUGAAAUAAUUUGACUUAAUAAAAUUACUUAAAAGAAGUAAAAAGAAUCCUAUCAUAAGCUUGUAAUAAUCCCAAAAUAAUAAACAGACACAUCGGCUAGAUUUAAGGUCAUUUCGUUCGCGAAGGUAUCAUUUAUUGCAGCGUGGGGACUUUCAGCCACACUAACUUACAUGACAUACAUGUGCUAACGACAGGCUGUUCAUGGGACAAUGUCAAUGAGCUGACCUGAUUAGUUGCUCAUCGCUCUCAGGAAGUGAUUGGUCGCCUGCUAAUGUGAAUGCAGGGUUAAAGAGCGUCUGCAGAAGGUGGACGAGCAUUAGGACCAGGCUUAAGGUUAAGGAUAAAGAUUAGGGUUAAAGUCAGCUUUAGUUUAGUUAGCCCAAGUGUGCGCAUCUAUAAUGGACCAUCAAAAUAAAAGCUAAGCAAGAAAUGAAUACAAAUGAUUGAACACAGCUAAUUAUUCCUUCGUGAAAUAUGAACGGCGGUGCUUUGCGGCCCUAUAGACCAACAUAUUAAUCUUCCGUCUAAUUCUGAAACCCUGUGCUAAGCCAAAUCAUACGGAGCUCCUGUUGUGUUCCAAUAGAGUUUCCGUAUGCUUUCAAGUUCUGCCCUGAACACGGCUGGAGACUGAUGAGAACUGAUGAUAGUGCUUUAUGUAUUUCUGCUGGGUCUUCAUAUCUUCACAAACACACAUACACAGUUGUUUGUUGGGAAGCUACCGGAGGCUAACUGUGACAAACUCUUCACAAAAUGAAGCUACGCCUCAUAUUUAUGAACAGGGCGUACAGUAAAAUGGAUAUUUCCAGUGGACAACACAUCAGUUAUAUACUCAACACAGACACAGUGAAACACUUUUGUACCAGGUCUCAUAUAUACGAUAAAUAUAUAUAUGUUUAUCGAAGUUGUCGGAACAAAACCUCAUAUCUCCACUUUUGUCGUUUUCCAGUUUUUGACAUAAUUUGAAAAUGCUUAUUGCUUUUUAUAUUGUACGUAAAUUCCGUGAUGAAUGGACUAAAAGAAAUUACCCAAAAUGACUUGCAAGAAAUUCUGGUUCCAUUGACUUACAUUAAAAUUUAAGUAGGCUUUUUCC